CAGUCCCACUCAGUCGGACAGCCGCGCGCUCACACAUUCAGAUAGGCUAGUUGUUGGAGCAGAGCGAGCGCGCCUUCAGUUCAUUACACCUACACAGCUCCAGCUGGGGGGAAUAUUCACCUGUGCGCUGCCAGGACCAGUCCACGAGGAUUUUCCCCAUUUAUUGAACAGACUACUGUCUUAAAGGUGCAGUGAGGGACACUUACAGGAAUCUCUAUCGGACCCCCUGCUCUGUCCUGAAGCCGAACAAGUUUUUAAAUUUGCCUUGAGUGAGUGGUAGGCUAUAGUACGCCGAAACUGACCGAAGGUUUCAGUUAUACGUGCGCUUCGGAGACAGCGGAGAGGACCGUAAUCAACCAUGGCGAGACAUGACGCCCGAAAUUGGCACGACUACUCAAAAAUGACCGGAUUGCUCUGCUUGGUGGCGUCGAUACUUCUACAACACGGAGUGUCGGGUCAGCGGGUGAAGGUGGAGCCGGAGGUGUUGUCAUAUCCUGGCCAGACUGUCAACCUGCGUUGUGCCUUCACUGAUGCUGCCGGGAUUCAGCUCACAAUGGUCACAUGGAUCUAUGAGCCCAAGGAAGGAGAGAGGAUCAACAUUGCCGUGUUUCACCCCAACUUUGACCCCAACUACCCUGACUCACUCGUAAAGGGCCGAGUCAGCUUUGUACCCAGCCCCCCGAUCCUAGACAGUCCCUCCAUCCAGAUCAGCGAUGUUAGGAUGAACGACGAGGGGAAGUACAUCUGCGAGUAUGCUACCUACCCCAGAGGCAACGAGCAAGGCAUCACAUACCUGGUCAUGCUGGCUAAGCCCCAGAACUCAGCCUCCCUCGUGACAGUCGAAGCCGGAGCUAAGCAGGUUGUCGUGGCGAAAUGCGAGUCUGUGGAUGGCCGUCCAGCUGCGCAGAUCUCUUGGGUGACCACAGCCAAUGGCAACGCGACGACCGUGACGAAGCCAGGAGCCGACAACACCGUGACCAUGAGCAGCGAGUACCGCAUGGUUCCCACAGCGGCAGACAACGGGAAGGACAUCAGUUGUGUGGUAGUGCACAGGACGCAGGUCAAAGCUGAGAGCUUUCCGUUAAAGCUAGAAGUUCAGUAUGCCCCUCGGGUGACAAUAGUGGGUUAUGACAAUAACUGGUAUGUGGGUCGUACAAACGUGCUGCUCACCUGCGAGGCUAAUGGAAACCCUGUCCCGCUCUCUGUCCUGUGGAAGACUAUGUCCGGAGAGAUACCUGACACGGUGCAAAUCAACGGAAACGAGCUGAAGGUGCUUAAAGUAGACGAUGCCGUGAACACCACUUUUGUGUGCGAGGUCAAGAACCGUAUUGGGAGUGGCAGGGACCAGGUCACAGUCAUGGUCAGAGAGCCCACAGUGAACCCAUCCAAUGCUGGCGUGGUGGCAGGAGCUGUGAUUGGCUCCCUGCUGGCUCUCCUUUUGGUUGCCGCUCUCAUCGGCGUGCUUGUCACCCGUAGCCGCAGGCAACAGCAGGGCUACCGCGCCAAUGGCGCCGGCGACAUGAAGACACGCAUAUUCGGGGGCGGAAAGAAGGCCAGCAAGAACGGCACAGGUGGAGGCACGGGGAGCAGUGGCCUCGGAGGCGGCAACAACAAUGGCCCAAUCUACGUCUACAACGAGAGCUCCUCCCACCAAGGCCUCGGAGAGAAAAACAACCACCACCAGCCGCUCACCAUAGGGGGCCGGCCUGAAGUUGUUGCAACUACUCCCACGGCCCAGGACAUCCUGCUGAGCAAUGAAUUAGACGAUGCAGAGAGAAGGAAGUUUGAUGAGCUGGAGGAGGAUGAGAGGUAUGACCACUUCACUGGAGGGGCCCCUAUCCUUCAGCUUCGCCCUCCACAUGACCAGGACAAUAUGAUUGGAGACUACAUUGACGAUGACAUGGAGUCCCAGCGGGACGGCUCGGUCAUCUCUCGGACUGCUGUUUACGUAUAGAGCAGGAGGAGAAAGAACGGAAUGGAGGAGGAGAGAAAAAAAUGGAGUUGAUGGUGGAUUCCUCCUGAGGAUUUUAUGGCUCCGUGGUCUUAUCCAUGUUUGAUUGAAAAAGAGAGAAUUAUACCACUUUUAUUUUUGAAAAUUGAUUUUAAAUAUAGCUGAUUAUUAAUCACAGUGAAGCCCCCAGUAUGGACAGAAUGAACAGGAGGGUUUUGUUGGAAUAUUCUGAAAGGAUCUUUGCUGUAAAUUUGUCUCUUAGAACUGGAGGGAGAAAAAGAAACAACCUGUCUCCCACUGUUUCAGCUCAUGCUAUCACUAUCACUGGAACCUUGACAAGAACUCUUGACAGACAAAAGAGACGAACUGUGUAGUGUGGGAGUAGGAUAAUGGAAUCAUGAUACAAGCUUGGCUAUAGAGGAGGCAAACACACUUGCAAAUUCACUCUUAUCUUCACCAAAACAGCGGAAGUGGAAAGGCUUGUCAAGACAGAUACAUAUUGCCUGCUUGUCUCAGUCCUCCUGUGAAGAAAAAGUUUUUUGUUCUGGUUCUGCGUUGUGCUAUGACAGCUGCUGGCUUAGUUAGGAGCAGGUGAUGGGUUGGGAAGGUAACAUUGGAAGGUAUAGACAGUUGCCAUCAUGAAAUAUAGAAAAGCGACAAAUGCUCCUCUUAAACGUAAAUAACUUAACAAUAGACCUAAAAAAAAAAAACGUGAAUUUGCUGCUCAAAUAGAAGUCCAGCUGAGAGUUUGAAGAGACUUCUUAACAAGGUAUUCACAUACAAACUUUUGCACUGUGCCUAGAGGAAAGAGACGGUAAACAAAAAACGAGGGAAUGAAGUGUAGCUGAUCUGACAGGGUCAGGGAUGGAGAGAGGGAUGCAGGAGACAGGAAAGCAAGAGAGAAGCACGUCUCUCCUUCUUCUCUUCCUCCUCAUCCUCGUCUCCUCAGAGCGCUCCUGACAGGAGGAGCUUGAUUGGUAAUGAGCCGUGAAGUCGCUCGCUUUAGCUGGGACCAACAGAUUGCCACCACUUAUCGUUUAUGACGUGGCAGUUUCCUCCUCCCACCACCUCUUCUAUCUCUCCCUCUCUCUCUUUCACUCUCUCUCCUCAUCCCUCUCUCCAGUUGUUUAUGGGGAGUUUAUGAUUUAUCCAGGGCAGUGUCGAGGUCAGGGCCACAGAGAGCAGGGGGAGUAUUUUACUGCUCCUGAUGUGUCAAGCGCCCCACUAACUCUACUCCAGCGCGGCCUGCCGUGACAUGCAGGACUGACUAAUCCACCUGGAGUGGCCAUGCUCACUCCGCUGCAUGGACGCUCCCGUCUCCUCUUAUAUUUAGUAAAUGGCUGGCAAAUCUGAAAACCCCUUCAACAUAAGAACCAUGGUUGCUUGGAUAGAUUUUCAAUUACAUCCUCUAAUAUUUCUUUCCAUUAGCGGAUGUUGCUUAAUGUGGUGAAUUGAUCAGGAGAUGUAAAAGGUCCAAAUUGACGCUAUGGGAGUCAUAUUGACUAACAGGCAGCAACUGGUGAAACGGUCCUUUAUGAUGCAGCUUCAGGGCAGAUUGUCUCCUGACUGUUAAUUUAUCCUUUUAACGAGUCAUUGGAGGCCUGCUAAGACAAAUAUGACUUGUGGCUACUGUACACAGCUUUCUUUUCGGGCUCAGUGUACAUUUAACAUGCCACACUGUGUUUGUGUAGCCUCUGAUGACUGUGAUGGACAAUCUUAAGGAGAAGCUCUGUUGUAGCUCCUCUAAUCAUGGAUUUUCUGGCCUUCUAAUCAGCUCCCCUUUGACCCUCUGGGAAUCCGGUGAGAGCAGUUUUUUUGAUGACUGUACUGACCUCCUGCAAGGUCCAACUAAGAGCUGGGUUGCAGUUCGCUGCAGGUCAUGAGGUCAAACACUGGGUGACCCAUUGCCAAGGGCAAGAAAUGACUGCGCCUGCAUCUGCUAACAUAGCUGCUUGUGACCUUGAACUUUGGAUGUUAGACACACUCUUGUGCAGUUCAAGUAUCAGUCAGGGCAAGACUGCGUGUGUUUGCCAUUGUGAUAGCAGUAAACCCUCAGAGAGAGAACGGGAGAGAAAUGGAGGAGGCAGAGGACACAAGCAGAGAACGCUUUCCCUGUUUUAGCACCGUCUAGCAUAUUGUAAGUCAGUGUGUUCAAUAGGAUUAUCGUCUAAUGGCCUUAGCUUAUACAUAACCGCAGCUCCGGUCAACCUGGGGUACAGAAAAUUUACAGAGCACGGCUGAUUUGCCACAACCACUCAAACUUAAAAUGUAUUACUUAUUUUUGCACUUGUAUGUGUCCAUCGAUACAAUGAGAAAUCAGUGUAAUAUGUGGUUUUUGGGGUAAAAGUGGCAACAUAAGGGAAAAAACUGUUGUAUGUAAAUUUUGGUGUGAGGUAUCUGUGUACUAUAUAUAUGUAAGCAUCUUUAUUUUUCUUGUGAAAAUGUGGAUAUUUAUAAAAAUGUAAAUAUCAGAUCGAUGGAGCCAGUGUUGCCAGUGUUGUGGAAGUGAAGAGUAAGGCGUUGGUUGGAAAGUAAAAAAUAAAAUUAAAAAAGAGUCUCAGAGGUCUUCAGAAUGUAAUUUUUAAUCUAAUGAAAGCCUCUUUGGUUUGGUUGUGGUGGUGUUAUAGAAGGCAAGUUUAGUUUAUUUCUAUAGCACAUUUCAGCAACAAGGCAAUUCAAAGUAGACAAUAAACACGACACCAAAAGGCAUCAUGACAAAGGGCAGAAAAACACAUAAGAGGACAUUCAAAAAUCAUUCCUUAAAAACUUAAAUAUCAAAAUAUAAGCAGCUUAAAAAGAAACUAAAAUAAAGAAUAAGUUUAUAUAAAAAUAAGUGACACAGUUUAAAAUCUUAUUAUGAUUAAUGUAUAAAAAUUGUUUAAUGACAGGCAGCCGUAAACAGGAGUCUUCAACUUUGAUCAGCAGACCUGCCGAUUUCUGAAAGUUGUUCCAGAUGUAGGGAGAGCGUAGAUACUGAACACUUCUUCUCCGUGUUUGGAUCUGACUCUGGGGACAGAAAGACCUGUCCCACAACCGGCUGGUCUGGAUGGUUCAUCGUUAAUCAAAAGGUCAUUCAUAUAUUUUGGUCCUAAACCAUUCAGAACUAAUCAACCAGCAGUUAUACAACAAACUGAUCUAACAGAGCGGAAUUUAUAUAAAGCCUAAAAGUCCAUUUAUAUUGCAGGAAAAAAAAUAUAUAAAUGCUCUCUUCUUUUUUGUUCAAUUCCUCAUUGUUCGCCUUUCCACGUUAUAAGCACAAAAUCUUUUUUGCCCAAUUGGCUUCUCCUUCUUGACAGACACUCUGCCAAUGCAAAAAUACCCACAAUACUUAUAAUUUAUCAGGUAGACCGUGAACACACAGGCAAUGCUUGUUUUGCAUCUGACUCAGCUGCGCGUGUGUGUACAGUGGGUGUCAGUGUGUAUUUUGGUGAUGCUUUGGGACAUCUCUCACUGCCAUUUGGGCUGUAACCUUAGUAGCCGACCUUUGUCACCAUGGAAAACCUAGGGAAGUGAAGAUAUUAUUGUGCAUUUUGGACAGCACACUGACUCACACACAUAUAUACACACUGUACACAUACAUACGCUGAAUGCAGAGAAACAUUCGCCCACACACAAACACCCCUCAGUCACUCUCAUUAUGCUCACUCCCACAGCCAAACUGUGCAGAAGACACCUCAUACCUGACAACUCUGCCAUCUCCUGACACAAGCCCACACGAAUACGCUCGCAUAGCUGCACACAAGUGCGCACGCACACACAAACACACUUUUGUCUUUUCCUCUUCUUGCUCAGUGGCUCUGUCAUGACUUAUACGCAGUCCUGUUACUGUGGGAAGAGCCUCAGCAUGAUAUGUCCCCCUGCUCCGCUGCUUUCUAUUCCCCGCAACUUGUCCGACUACUUCCAAAUCCAUGACCAUGUAGUAGAACCGAGACAAGUGCACACUUAGUGACACACGCCUUUCACCCAGUGUAAGAAAACACAGGCUUUUCAGGAAACUUUUUUCCCCCUUUGCAUUUGUUCUACACAGGAAAUGCAGAUUUCACAAAAAAUGCCCCUCUGCUGACCUCCAUCCCCUCUCAGAUCCCUUUGAAUGCUUUUAGAGAGUCACAACUUCCCACUCACCUCCCAAAUUAUGUUUUUUUUUUCUGACUUUUUUUUUUCCACUCCAGUCACCUUCGCCACUAUGACCACCUCCACAAACAGACACUGUUGCCACCCACCAAGUACAGGCCUGUCAGACAAAUUGCUUUUAGAGAAAUCCACGAUCCAUGUCUGGGUCUAGCACAAGGUUAGAUAGUGUAAAAAAAAAAAUAUAUUUUACAAGAAAGCCACAUACUGUUGCUGUUUCUUUGGCUCCAAACAUCUGAUGAUUAAUCAAAGCCUUAACAUCUCCCAUCUCACUUGCAUAAAAAGAAGAAAAGGAGAAAUCCUUCCUGUGUACAUAGUAUAAAUAUAUAAAUAUGUAGCAGAGAAAAGAAUUACUAAUUUAUGGUGUCACGUUUGUGUAUUUCUCAGUGACAGCAAGCAUGAAGGAUUUAUUUUCUCCUAUUACAGUUUCUCUUCUCUGUUAUUUUGCAGUGCUUUAUAAUUUAUGUUUUCGGAGUGCUUUAUUCUUGAGUGCUGCGCUGUGAUUGCUGCCAGAAACUGGCAAAAUGUGCUUCUUCUAUACAAACGAACUGUGCACACAACAGACACAGUCUUACCCCCAAAAAUGUGCUUUUUUAUUAUUAGCAUUAUUGACUGCUAUGUGUAACUUGUCUUUUCUUUUUUGUAUUUUUUAAUUUUGAAUUUAUUUUGUUUGUUUGGGAAAAAAAAAGAAAUUGAAUUCAAACUGUUGUCAACAUUUUGUUGUGUCUUUCUAUAUUUUUUCGUAUUUUGUUGCUAUUAAAGAUUUCUUGAUUUUUAAAAUG